ACACUUGUUUUUUCACACACACAUACGCUCUCUCGCUCUAGGUUUUCUUCUCUCUCUAGAAACGAUGAACGAAAACGGUCACAAAUCGGAAUCGGAGGUUGAAUCUGCUCGGAUUCGGCUUCGUGCGCGUUGGGAGCUAGCGUCUGUUCUCAAUUUCUUGCAGGUGUUUGAGUCUGUAAUAGGCAGUGAGUUGAAGAUUGAUGCAGAAGAAAUUGAGCAAUCACUGAUUUUACCAGACAGACGUCUUCGUCUGCUUCACAUUGCACUCUUGAAGGGAAUUCCUCCUGUUAGUAGAAACCUAAAAGACCCUGAUGCUUGGGUUGUGAUACUCUCUAAAAAGGUCUUCAUGUGGUGGCCAUGGGUUGCUCAGGGGGAGUUUCCAUUAAAGGCAGCUAAAGGGGCGGAGAUGGAAACAUACAAAAACCUAGAUCCUACAGUUCGUCUCGUUAUUCUUAAAGCUCUCUGCGAGAUUCGAGCUGAUCAACAUGAUGUGAUUGCAUACAUCAACGAUGCGGUAAAAAUUAAGAAGGAGGUUUCGGCUUUUCGUAAAAAGAACAUCGGGGAAGAUGGAAAAGGAACUUCGUAUUGGUUGGAUGGCAAUGAAACUAUUGGUUUUAGAUUGUAUAAGGAAGUAAAUACUUUAAAAGGAAAAGAAACACCAUCAACUAUGAGUUAUCAAUGGGAAACUCUUGCAACCAAUCUAGAGGAGUUCGAGAAAGUUAUGGAUGAAUAUUCAUCUAGUAAAUCAAAACUGGAAGUUGCCAUUAGGACUGCUGUUGAAACCGAAGCCAUUCCUGUUCUUAAGAAAAUGUUUAAGAAGAAGCAAAGAGAACUGCAGAAAAAAAUGAAUGAAGAGAGGAUUAUAAAUAAUUUCUCUAGAUCUGGAAUCACGCGUUCGUGCCGUAAUCGCAAUGCUAUCAGUUACACCUUUGAUGAAUACGACAAAGUCAUCAGCGAGGCCAUACGAGAUGGCAAGAAGAUGAAAACUAGAGACGAACAAAAGAGUGUAAAAAAGGAAAAUGUAGCAAAAGAGGAUCCACAGCAAGCUGGUGAGGGUGAGUCCAGUGAAUCAGAUGAAAAAGUUGGUUCCGGAGGUUCUGGUGAAGAUUCAGAUGAAAAUGUUGGUUCUAAAGAUGAAAUUGCUGAAGAUUCCGGUGAAGAGUCAGAUGAAGUUGCUGAAGAUUCCGGUGAAGAAUCAGAUGAAAUUGCUGAAGAGUCCGGUGAAGAAUCAGAUGAAAAUGUUGUUUCUAACGACUCUGGUGAAGAAUCAGACGAAAACGAUGUUUCUGAAGCCUCUGAUGAAGAAUCGGAUGAAAAUGUUGCGUCUGAAGCAUCUGGUGACGAAUCUGAUGAAAAUGACAAAGAAAACAUGAACCAUAAAGACAGGAAGACGAAAUCCAGAAACCAACAACGAAUUAAGAAAAAAGAAACUGAAGAAAGCGAAGCUGGCGAGUCAACUGAAUCUGACUCUGAGAGCGGCAAGCUUGAAGCCAAAGACAUUUCUGAAAACGACGAUGACAACAAAGAAAACACAAACAACAUCAGCAAAAAAAAUACCGAGAACGGUGACCGUUUUAUUCAAGAGAAACAACACUUUGGUACCAAGAAGCGAUUGGUACAAAGGCCAAACCGCAACACCGCCCUUGAGUCUGCCAUUGUUCCUGAUUCAGAGGAUGAAGUUUCUUCGGAAAACAGUGAUGACUAAAUUUAGCAGAAGAAUAUGUCUGAGGUAUUUAGGAGUUUUGGAUUUUGUCUGUUGUUAGUUAAAACAGUUAGUGGGGGCUGUUAUGAUAGAAUGGUGAUUGUAUCUUUUUGAGCCUAGUGGAUGGUUUUUCUUAUGCAAGAGAAAUCAUCCAUGUAUACACCAAUUGCCAUACAUCAAUAGUUUUGUUUAAACCAACUUGUGGGUUUGACUAGUUGAAGGUUUGACUA